GUACACUCGCCGGCUAGCGCUAUCCAACGGAUAAAUCACUAUCCAGCGGAUACGUAUUGGGGAAACUAAUUGCACUAUCCACUAGAUUAUCAGGUGGAUAGCGCUCUCCAGCCUUUGAACAACCGAAGCCUGCUCAUUAGCCUCCCACGCAGACGUUUUUUGGAGCUUUGUUACGCGUUCUUUUCCCAAACGGAAAGCGAGGCCAUAAGAGCGUCUGCGUAGGAGGCUACCUGUAGAUAUAGUUUAUAAAAGUUUAUUUUCAAGUUUUUUUUUCUCCCAUUCGAUUCAUUCAUUCGUUCACCCAUCCAUCCAUCCAUCCAUCCAUCAAACUGUCCGUCUGUUCGUUCGUUCGUUCGUUCGUUCAUCAUUUUUCCCAUUCCCUCUUUUUUUUCUGUCUUUCUUUCUUUUUAUCUUUUCUUUUCUUUUCUUUUUUUCUCUUAUUCCUUGUCUCUGUGUCCUUUUUUUCUCCUUUUCAUUCUCUCUUUCUUACUAUUCCUUCUUUUCCUUUCUUUCUUUCUUUUUUCCUUCUUACUUUUUAUUAGUUAAGAAGGCGUAUGCUAGAUUUUCUUUAACAGUUUUUAAUUUUUAUUUAUGGUGAUUAGGUUUGUGCCCAGCUAACAGGUUUGAUGAAGCGACAGCGGAUAUGAUAACUGAUCAAGUCGGUGAUUUAACUCUGCCAUUGAUCAACAUAUACAAUGAGAAAGACGAAACGAAGAAGGUAUUGCGAAAUUUGAUGUCCGCUUCAGUUCCUUACAGUGUCUGUCAGGCUUUAUUCAUUGGAGACUGCAAAUCAGUCGGUUUUUUUCCUAAUAUCGGUUUCCAAAGCACUUUGCGCGAUAUUAGGGAGUUUGAGCAACGAAGUCUAGUGAGCUACGCACGUUAAUCGGAAGUGAACUUUUUGCAAUGUUGGUUCUCGCCAAAACAGAGCAGCAACUUUGCAAUCGAAUGUGAUGUCAUAAAUCGGUGGAUCAUAGGUAUACGAAACAAGUACCAAGUACCAGGCGCUAUUGGAAUCGUGCCCCCCCUUGACUUUUUGGAAUGCUGGUUCGUGACUUUUAACAAAAUUUCUAGUAGAUCGUCUCUAUCAGAAUAAAGACACUGAGCAAUACAAAUUUGGUAGCAUCGAGGCAUAUUAAAAAGGAAAAGGACUUACUUCCGGUGAAGUAAGUUGCUUAAACUCUCUAUUUUCGAGCGACGCGCGUGGACCUUCCACGCUCCUAGAGCGUGUGUGGUGAGACUGUCCCUAGUCUCACUCUCCGUUUUCACCCUUUCUCUAGGCCUUUCCUUCCAGCGCUUACAAUCCCGUAGGUCUUACUCCAAAUUCUAUUUCCCAGAACUUAGUAUUAGUGAUCUAUGAUUUGUUUUGCCUUAAAAAUAAAGGAGGAGAUAAGAAAGGAGUUUUAUGGAACGACGCUUCCUGCCCGACUCGAGAAAUUUGAAGCUCUUCUCAAAAACAGGGAUGAAGGCAAAGGCUUCUUUCUGGGCGAAAAGGUAAGA